AUGGCGAAGACCGCUGUCGUCACGGGCGCAACAGGUUUCCUAGGUCGACAAGUGCUUCAAGUGUUCUCCUCAGCUGGCUGGAAAGCUAUCGGAACAGGUUAUUCAAGAGCAAACCCUCCCACUCUCCAUAAGAUCGAUUUAUCCGACGCGGAUGCCGUGCGGUCAUUGCUGGAUGAGAUCAAGUAUGACACUCUGUUCCACGAGCACUGCAACAGCCAUCAACUGACGACUCGGUGGGGCGCCGCCAAUCGCUUUCCAGACAAAUGCGACCAAGAUCCAGACGGAGCCCGUAGAAUCAAUGUUGAGGCAACUCAGCACCUCGCACAAGCCUGCAAUACACACUCAGCUCUUCUGAUUUACAUUUCUACAGACUACGUUUUCCCUGGAAGACCAGGUGAAGCGCCUUAUGAAGUGGAAGCGGAUCCAGAGCCAACGAAUCUAUACGGGCAGACUAAGAGAGAUGGAGAAAGAGCGAUACUAGAAAUCACGCAGGAUACGGCUUUGGGUGUCAUCUUGAGGGUCCCCGUCCUCUAUGGAAAGGCGAAUCAGCCCAGUGAAAGUGCCGUCAAUAUUCUCCUUGAUGCAGUAUGGAAGGCUCAAGAGAAUGGAGCUCAAGUCAAGAUGGAUCACUACGCACAGCGGUAUCCAACCAAUACCGAGGAUGUGGCACACGUAUGUCUCGACGUUGCCAUCAAGUACUUAGACGCCAAGGACGAGAGGCAGUCGUUACCAAAGCUUCUGCAGUUCUCGUCAGAGGACAGGCACACCAAAUAUGAAAUUUGUAAAUUGCUUGCAGAUAUCAUGGGCUUGCCGCUCGCUGGUAUGAUUGCUAUCGGAGCAGAUCCGAACGCAAGCGUGCAGCGGCCGUAUGAUACCCACCUUUCGACCAAAGCGUUGCAAGAUGUGGGCAUAAGUGUUCGCACUCAAGAUUUUGAAGCCUGGUGGCGACGAGAGGUCAAGGCAUACCGGAAAUGA